CUCGCUCCGGGCGCCUCCUGCUCUGCACUUACGCGCUCGGCAGCUGCGGGGAGCCCGGCAGCCAAGCUCUCCGGCGCGCCGCCCGCCGAGCCACCACGGCCGAGGGCCGGCUGUGGGGCGCCGCGGUCCCUGGCGGGCGCGCCCAAAGAGCAGGCGGCGAUGCGGGCGCCGACCCGGGCUGCGGGGCGCCCAAGCUGCCGCGGCUGCGCCCCGGCUCCAGGAGGGACCGCGUAGCUGGCGGGAGGACCAUGGCGUCCCCGGCGCUGGCGGCGGCGCUGGCGGCGGCGGCGGCGGGCCCCAAUGUGAGCGGCGCUGGCGAGAGGGGCAGCAGCGGGGGCGCCAACGCCUCAGGGGCUACCUGGGGGCCGCCGCCUGGCCAGUACUCUGCGGGCGCCGUGGCGGGGCUGGCGGCCGUGGUGGGCUUCCUCAUCGUCUUCACCGUGGUGGGCAACGUGCUGGUGGUGAUCGCCGUGCUGACUAGCCGGGCGCUGCGCGCGCCACAAAACCUCUUCUUGGUGUCGCUGGCCUCGGCUGACAUCCUGGUGGCCACGCUGGUCAUGCCUUUCUCGUUGGCCAAUGAGCUCAUGGCCUACUGGUACUUCGGGCAGGUGUGGUGCGGUGUGUACCUGGCGCUCGAUGUGCUCUUCUGCACCUCGUCCAUCGUGCAUCUGUGCGCCAUCAGCCUGGACCGUUACUGGUCUGUGACGCAGGCCGUCGAAUACAACCUGAAGCGCACACCGCGCCGCGUCAAGGCCACCAUCGUGGCCGUGUGGCUCAUCUCGGCGGUCAUCUCCUUCCCGCCGCUCGUCUCACUCUACCGCCAGCCCGACGGCGCCGCCUAUCCGCAGUGCGGCCUCAACGACGAGACCUGGUACAUCCUGUCCUCCUGCAUCGGCUCCUUCUUCGCGCCCUGCCUCAUCAUGGGCCUGGUCUACGCGCGCAUCUACCGUGUGGCCAAGCUGCGCACGCGCACGCUCAGCGAGAAGCGCGCUCCCGCGGGCCCCGACGGCGCGUCUCCGACCACGGAGAACGGGCUGGGCGCGGCGGCGGGCACGGGCGAGAACGGGCACUGCGCGCCCCCGCGCGCCGACGUGGAGCCGGACGAGAGCAGCGCAGCGGCCGAGAGGCGGCGGCGCCGGGGCGCGCUGCGGCGGGGCGGGCGGCGGCGCGCGGGCGCCGAGGGGGGCUCGGGUGGCGCCGACGGGCCAGGACCGGGACCGGCGGCAGGGUCGGCCGAGCCGGGGGCGCUGGCGGCCACCAGGUCCCCGGGGCCGGGCGGGCGCCUGUCGCGCGCCAGCUCGCGCUCCGUCGAGUUCUUCCUGUCGCGCCGGCGCCGGGCGCGCAGCAGCGUGUGCCGCCGCAAGGUGGCCCAGGCGCGCGAGAAGCGCUUCACCUUCGUGCUGGCCGUGGUCAUGGGCGUGUUUGUGCUCUGCUGGUUCCCCUUCUUCUUCAGCUACAGCCUGUACGGCAUCUGCCGCGAGGCCUGCCAGGUGCCUGACCCGCUCUUCAAGUUCUUCUUCUGGAUUGGCUACUGCAACAGUUCGCUCAACCCGGUCAUCUACACCGUCUUCAACCAGGACUUCCGGCGCUCCUUCAAGCACAUCCUCUUCCGACGGAGGAGAAGGGGCUUCAGGCAGUGACCCGCGUCCCCUCGCCCGGAGAUCCUGGCCGCCCCGAGCAGGGGCUGGGCGGAGCAGGUGGCAGGCAGGGCAGCUUCCCCGGACACUCUGGAUGAAUUAGCCUCCAGGGGCAGGAGAGGAUGUGGCCUGGCCGAAAGACAGCUGGGCUUCCCGGGAGGGGGGAGGAGAAAGGGAGACCCCUUUGCCUUCCUACCUCAGCAAGGGGCUGCUUCUACGGCUCCCGCCUGUAUCCAGCCCCAGGGCCCAGCCGCCAUGUCGCUGUGAAGUAAGGGUGUUAGACUGCAUUGGUGGACACAGCCCCCCGAGUGGGUAAGAAAGGAGCCUACCCCGACACGCACCACCACCCCGCACCAUCUGAGCAAGGGCUGACUUCCCCAGGACCUGUGAGGGUGGCUGUCUGGGGGCAGGGAGAAAGAGGGCACUGACGAGCUUUGAUUACUGAAAGUAUUUCAGUGUUUGCCAAAAACGACAGCCAAAACAACCAAACUAUUUUCUAAAUAAACCUUUGUAAUCUA